AUGAAGCAUUCGCAGCAAAAACCAUGGCUUAGAAAGAAACAGCAAGUAUAUUCAGAUGGAGGAGGACAAGCACAGCAUAAAGAUCGAUUUGUUGAUCUGGCGCAGGCAGCGCUGGAAGAAGCGAAUUUAGAAGAGGAGCGGAAAGGUGUGAUACACGAAGUGAUGGAGGCACUGAUAGCAAAAACAGGAGCACCGCUUGUUGCCGAGGUGAUAUCAGAACAGUUACGUAGUCAGGAUGUCAUUGAGAGGAUAGCCGAGCAUCAUGAAGAGGAUCGUCGACGUAUCAAUUCCAGUCCACAUAUGACACGAGUGGAUUCAACAGAUAGCGUGAAUUCAUUAAAAGCGCCUGAUGACGAGGAAUUAGAGCAAAAGGACGAGAAAUUAAAUCAGAGGGUAGAGGAUGAUCGGCCAGACACUUGGGUGCUGUUUGCAGAGUAUCUAUGGCGGUUCUUUCGAGUUUUAUUGCUGGCUAGCCUCGUAGGACUUGUAUACCAUUUCUUAAAUGUAUGA